AUGUCUGAAUUUCCAUCGGAGUUGUUAGCAGUUCCACAACCUCUCAUCGGGUUUCAUGGAUUAGAUUUGAACAACACAGUGCACAAAUCAAUUUUUGAUUCUUUUAACAAUCGUGUUGAUAGGCCCACAAUUCAAUAUAAAAUCAUUCCAUUCAAUUAUGAAUGUCCAACGAAAAAGCCAAAGAGACAAAGCUUUGAGUGGUACAAUCCAAAACACAUAAUGAAGAAGAAUUGGAUGUUGAAGUAUCUUCAUGUUUUGCCUUCAUUAAUAGUUGUCUGUGUGGAAUUAGAAUGGAAAGAUCCCAGUUGGUCGGAGAAGCAAUUAAAUUGUUCAACAAUAAUUCAACAGUUGAAAACAAAGUUUCAAGAUCGUCUUACAAAGAUUGCUCUUGUUUUAAUUCAAAAAACUUCAACAUUUCUUGGAACCGAUGACUUGAUUGCAACUGAAAGAUCAUCAGCGCUAGCCAAUGUAUGUGAGAUUAAUGCGAAACAGUUAUUCGUUCUUCCUGUAAAUGACCAGCACUUGUUGGGUUACACAAUUCGCCUAGAAUCUGCAUUUUUGGAAUUAUCUCAAACAUUUUACAUUCAAUUGCUUAAGAAUUAUCGAUCGCAUCAAACAAAUUCGUCACAUCAAACACUUAAAGUUCGUCAUCAAUUCAAAAUGGGAUUCUUAUGCGAAUUAAGGUUGGAUUUUCCAACUGCAUUAAAAUAUUACACGCAAGCAUACGCCAAUCUUGAGGACAUUCGAAUUGUUGACACAAAUUGUUUGGAAAUCAAAACUGUUGCAGGUUUUCUCAACUAUAAAAUGUGUAAAUUGAUGUUUAAGUUGAAUCUUCCACGAGAUUCUAUCACUCAAUUUAAAGCGCAUAUUGAGAAAUAUAAGACAAGAACUGGAUUUAAAGAAUUGCUGUUUGAACAUCACAGUUGGAUGUCGAUUCAAUUUCAAUGUUUUGCUGAACUUUUUGCUGAUGCUGUAAAGAAUGGAUUGGCGGCUCUUCAAACUCAACAUCCUGGAAUUUAUUAUCUCAAAGCUGCCGAGUAUUUAUAUAAACGUCGUGAUACUUUCAAUCAAAUUAAUGGUUUACCCACAACACCGAUCGAUGAUAUGUCAGCUGGACAAUUUUCUACACUUUACAGCGAUUACUUUGGAGUCAGGAAUUUCGCCAAUAAAAAUAGUGAAACUGGAAACGAUCAACAAAUUAUUAUGUUGGUUCAGGAAAUGGAAGCAAAAUUUAAUUAUUCUAGUGGAAUAAUAAAUUUACUUGGGCAAGCAAUGUCACAGUUUAAAGUUUAUCGUUGUGGUCGCGUUAGGAAAAAGUGCGCUGUGAUGAUGGCAGAUGAAUAUUUCAAGAGUGGCGAAUACACCAAAGCUCUGACAUUAUACUCGCUGAUGCUUUCUGAUUAUCGUCAAGAAAAAUGGUUCGUCAUCUUCACAGAUAUUUUAAUGAAAACAAUUCAAUCAGCAAUACUUGCAUCGUCAGUUAAUGAUUUUGUUACUAGCAGCGUUGAAGCUUUGUCGCCUUCAAUUGAGAUUGGAAAAAUUGAGCGACAAAAUAUUUUAGAGAAUUUGUGGAAAGUUUUUAAUAAUUCAGCUCCAACAUAUCAUAAUCAGAUAGCGCCAGAAAUCAAGCAGAAUUGGGAGGCUGUUUUAGAAACUCAUCGAUCACCAAUCACAGUUGAAAUUGAUGACAUUCCAAACUUUAUUGACUGUAAAGCGACUUUUGAAAAGAAUCAAGUGCGACUUAAUGAAGCUGUUGUUGUGCAAUUAUUCGUUCGAUCUAACACAGAUGUGCCGGUAAAAGUUCGAAGUUUAGCAGUUUGUUUGAUGACAAAUUCAGGAUCAAAUCAUCGUUACCUUGCAAAACGAGGAUACGAAUAUGAAUUCAAUCAUGCAACAAAAUCUCAAAACUUAUUAAAUGAAUUUAAAGCUGAAGAUUUCAUACUCGAAAGUGGAAAAUGUUUUAAAUUUGAACUCGAAGUAAAUCCUAGAGAAUUUGUCGAGAAUGUUGAAGUUGGGAUAACUUGCGUUGAGAUAACGAUGGGAACGGAAAAGAAUUAUGCAGUUUUAGCAUUGCGGAAAUCAUUAAAUCAAGUUAAAUAUUUCCAAAGAUAUGACAUUCAUAGCGACUUCUUGGAGAAACUCAACAUCAUUAAAACUUGCUACGUGAUACCAACCUUCCAACUUACAUCGCAAAGUAUUCAUAAUCAGCCAAUGUUGAUCAACGAAUAUUAUAAAAUAACAAUCAACUUAUCAAAUAAUCACGAAGGUGAUCUCAACAGAGUGACAAUCACGAUUAGUCUGCCAACAAAUUUAGCAAAUAAAGUUUAUCUUCUUGCCGAUCAACCAUCAGCACUAUCAAAGUUGAGUUCACGUAUUCAAAUUGAUGUAGGAACAAUGAAAGCGCAUUCGAAUGCGUCGAAAACUUUCUUCAUUACAAGUUUGAUCGAGGGAAGCAUAGAAUUGAAGCAGUCUUUAUGCUAUGAAAUUGAAGACAAAACAGCAGUUGACGAUUCGUCGACAUUUACUCAAUUGUCAUCACCAAGUGAAACUGCAAAGAACAUUGAGAAAUGUUUUGCUGAUAAAGAUGAUCAACAUGAAAUCUUUGUCGAAUAUUUAGACAAUAAUGUUGUUCGUAAGAAGCGUGAUGAUAUUCUCAUCGUUCCCUGUGUUGAAGAAUUUCAUUUUGAAAGUAAAUUUUAUACUUUGAAUCGUAAUCCAGCAAUAAAUUGCUUUAAAGAUGAAGACAUCAUCAUGAGAUGUACUUUGAAGAUGACUUCGCCAUUUAAUGUUGAAAUUCUUGAUGCGUUUUUCAUCGCUGAUGUGAAUGUUGAUGAAGUUUCGAAUCAAAAUGAGAAGUUUAAAGAAAAGGUUGAACUUGGAUCAACAGUUGAGAAUUUGUUGAUUCUUCGACCAAAAAAUACGACAAAUAAUUGGAUGACAAAAGAAACUUUCAAGAAGCCGGUGAAUGACGAUGCAACAAAAAUCUUCAACAUAAAAUCAACAGAAGUUCAAAGGAAGAUCAGUAACGUGAAGGAAGUUGUGAAAGAUGCUGAAGACGAUCCAUUUGCACUUAAAAGCAAAGAUCAUAAAUUAAACUAUGAGAAUUGUAGUGAAGCUUGUAAGAAAAUUAUCAACAAUACUCUUGACAUAUCCGAACUGAUUCCAACUGAUGAUGGUAAGAAGAAAGGUUUUAUUAAAGCAAAACUGAAUUUGUUGGAUGAAAAGUCGGUCGAUCCGAUGAAAAAGUUCGGCAUGUAUUGCAUUAAAUGGAAGAAAUUGGACUCGGAAGUUGUCAAUGAAUCAAAGUUUGUUAUUAAAGGAAUUGAUGUUAGAGAACCUUUACUCAACAUUUAUUGUGCAAUUAACAACAGAGUUUUCGUUCGUGAAUUCUUCACUUAUAAAGUCACGUUGAAGAAUCCUCAUGCAUCAAUUCUCAAUUUAAUUGCAACAUUCAAUACGAACAGUUCAGAUGGAUUUAUGUUUGCAGGACAUCGACAAGUCAACGUCACAAUACUUUCUUACUCUCAAACAGAUUUAUCAUUCAAUUUGUACCCACUAAAGCCGAAUUUCCAACGUUUACCAGAAUUGAGACUUGAAGUGAUGAAUAGUCAAGAAGAUUCUACUAAAGAAACUUUAAUUGAAAGCACAUUAAAAACUGAGGUCAAUCCAAAGCAAGACGAAGUUAACGAAUUAUUAAACAGGUGGAUGCCAAAAUCUGUUUUUGUUCAUCCUCCAACAAGAAAAAUGGCCUGAAUAAAUCUUUAUUUAUAUUAUUUUAUCGGAAUAGAAAGUCAAUAAUUAUUAGAUUAAAAUAAAGUUCCAUUAAAUGAAUUAAAGACAAAAA